CUUUACGUGUUUGUAAAACACAGGAAAACUUCCCGUCAGGAUGUUUUCCCCGUAGGGGUUUUGCGGCCAAGAAAAUAGCUUAAAAGAGAUGUAAAAUGUUUUCGCGGGGCGGUAAUCCUGUGGAAGGCUGUCAUGCUGCCCGGCCGCGCGGCGACUUGGUAAUGGUUAGAAUUUUUACAGAGUCUUAAGGCGUGAUCAUCUUCCGUACUGACGAUGAGGAUGCUACACAUCGUCCUGGUGCUCCUGCAGCUGGGAAGCAGCAGACAACAUCGACCGCUACCUGAAGGAGCAGUGGGGGUGGUUGCGGGAGCGCAUUUCGAGCCGAUACCUCAGGUAACAUUGUACACUUCAUCGGUACCAGUAAAUUUUAAGGUUGCUUGGCCAAUGCAAUUAGAUGACAUUCAGGAUAGUAUCAAAGAAAUCACUUCUUGUCCCUCCAAUAGUUCAAGUGAAUGGUGUGUUAUUUUCAAAGAAUUAAAACAUAGCUUAAUUUAUACUGACAUGCUAAUUAAUAAGGAAAACGAAGCAGCAGGGGAUGACGUAUUGGAUUUUCAGUCUCAAGUUCGGGAAAGACGAGGGUUAAAUUUCAUUGGAGAGUUUUUUCAUUGGUGUUGUGACAUUGCCGUCAAUAGUCAAUUGAAUAAUCUUUUCCUAAAUGAACAACAAAUGUCAGAACACAUAAACAAGAUGGAAUCACAAAUUUUAAACACUCAUGAGGCACUGGCAAAUAUGAGCAACACUAUUUUUGUUAUAAACGAGGGAAUGACCGGAAUUCUAAAAAGAGUACAAUCAAAAUUCACAAAUUUGUCUGAUUACUUAAAAGACCUCCGAGAGACUAUGGUGACUAAGUUUUCAGGAAUGGUUCAAGACAUAGGACAUUCAUUCCAGUUUCAGGUACUGUUGGCCUCUCAAUUAGCCAAACAAGCGCAUACAUUUACAAGACUAGAGAUUCUGGACCAGUGCCGGUCAAAUAAAAUACCUGCCAUUGUAGUUACACCAGCUCAAUUGAAAGAGAAAUUAAAUAUGCUAAAUGAAAUUCUUAAUAGGGAUGGUUAUGCGUUGUCCAUAAGUGUAUCAGAAGUUCAGAAAUAUUUUAAUUUACCCAUUUGUAAAUGUCAAGUCCACAAGGAAAAUUUAUACCUUCAAAUUAAAGUACCAAUUGUUAAACUAAAUUCCAAUUGGAGAUUGUUUCAGUUCGUCGCAGUCCCAUUUCAGUGGAAGAACUCAACUUGUCAUUUGGAUCAUGCUCCGAAUUUUCUGGCAGUGGAUGGAGACCAUCUAAUCACUAUUCAGGGUAGAAAUUUAUUAGAUUGUAGACCAUUUGAAGAUAAAUUGUGUUUUGUUCCCAGGUUCUCCGGAGAUACCCUAGGUAGUGCUUUGUGUCCAAAGGCUCUUUUUCAGGGGAUUACCGUUGAAAAUCUUAGUACCACAUGUGCGUUUCGAUGCCAUUCCGGAAACCAACUGAUGAUCACCCAGGCUGGACCAGAGCGGUACUUCCUAACAAACCCGUCAGGAAAAUUAGACUUGCAAUGCAUGAAACAUAACAAUGAAUCUUUAUUUUUAGGAAGUGGAGACAUCCUCGGAGCUGUAGAUAUAGAAGUACCGUGUGAUUGUCGUUUGUAUUUAAACCAAGACUUAAAAUUAACGAGUUGUAUCCAUGUGAUGCGUUAACAAAAUCUAAAUUUCAAUUGGUACAUGUAAUACCAGCUGCUUGGACGAAGUUACGUAAAUUGAAAAUUUUCCCUCAUCCUACGUCAACACAUACAGUUUUUCCAUCCUUAAUGGAUUGUUUAGAUGAAAAUUGGCCAACUCUAAUACCACAUUUAAAUUUUUCUUUGACAAAGUUUGAAACCCCUUUAGACCCGAUUCAUUUAAGAGAACCAGAAAACGUACCAAGAUUUGUAAUGAAAAACUUACAGAGUAUUGCGCUUUCCAUUGUAAGUAGUGUAUUAUUAUUUAUUAUUAUUAAAAAUCCAUAUCUAGUAGGUAUUGGAACGCUACCAAGAGUAUCCGCCUUGGACAAUGUUACUACCCUUGGCAUAGAAAUAAGUGUAACUGUAAUUACUAUAUUGGUAAUAGUUGGAAUGUUUUUAGUUCUGUUAUUAAAAUAUCUGAGAAAUCGGAAACCCCUCAGUAUGUCUGUAGAAAUCUCGACUACAGUAGAAAAUGCUGUUCCUUCUACCAGUGGAAAGGUAGAAUUAAAAGACAUACUAGCCAGAGAUAAUGGUUGUGUAGCUAAGUUAUCCAGUGAAACUGGGGAGGAAUUGAAAGUAACCAUUUCCAUUUGUGAUGAUCAGUAGUGAAUGAAUUUUGUUCAAUGUAAAGCUUUACCUACGAUUAGAAAAAUUAGAAUUUGAUUAAUGUUUAUGUGAAGGGGCAUGCGCCCAUAAAUAAUUUUUAUAGAACCAAAUAACGAUGGAGGGAGAAUACCAGGUUCAAUAAGGGGAAUUAUGACGUCAGGACUAAUCAUUGAGAAAGUGGGUGGGAUCCUUUCCGUAUUCCCAUUUUCCACCAUAACCCCCCCCCCCCCCCCUUGUGUUUUUAUUAUUCAAGAAGUGACAUUGAUAGUUUUCGUCAAUCGAAGAGAAUGACUUUUGAGGCGGACUUGUUAAGGGCAAUUUCGAAAGGAGUGCUGUGGUGCAGCUCCAUCCAGAACUCUUGUCCCUU